CACAGCUUCCGUCUCGCCCUCUGUCGCGGUUGUCGUCAAACCUCCAAACCAUGGCUGAACCAACCAAAGCCGAAACUGAAGCUGUCUUCAAGGUCUUGAAAGCCCAGAAGGCGAACAAGGUAUGUUUCGACUGCCAAGCCCGUAACCCGACAUGGUCCAGCGUUACGUACGGUAUCUACAUAUGCUUGGAGUGCUCGAGCAACCAUCGCAACAUGGGCGUGCACAUCAGCUUCGUUCGAUCCACAAAUCUCGACAGCUGGCAGCUCAACCAGUUACGCACGAUGAAAGUGGGAGGAAAUGCUUCGGCAGCCGAGUUUUUCACGAAGAACGGCGGGGCGUCGCUUUUGCACGACUCCGAUUCUAAGAAGAAGUACUCGAGUCGAGUCGCGGAGUUGUACAAGGAGGAAUUGGCAAAGCGAGUCCAAGAGGACGCCGAAAGGUUCCCUGCCGGGAUCUAUGUUGAAGGUGCUGCAGAAGCUCCGAUCUCAGCACCAGCUGCCGCGAAAGUCGACGAAGACGACUUCUUUUCGUCCUGGGACAAGCCGUCAACACCGAAGACACCAUCUGCCCCAUCUCAGCCUACACCACCUCCCGUGUUAGGCCGUGUAGCCUCGUCUGGGCCAUCUGCUCCUCGAACCGUCACGUCAUCGAGCUUGCGAGCUACUUCCAGCUCCGGAGCCGCCGCGCGUGCAGGCAAGUUCGGCGCGUCGCGUAUCAACUCCACGUCCUCUGCCUCUUCCGCCGCCUCGGCGGCGGGACCGAAGAAAUCGAAGUUGGGCGGUCUCGGCGCGAAGAAGGCGGCUGCUCCUGUGGACUUCGACGAAGCGGAGCGCAAAGCCGCGGAGGAGGCGGAGCGUAUAAAGCAGCUUGGGAAGGAGAAAGAACGUCAAGCUGAGGAGAAGGCGAGGCAAGCUCAAGAAGCUGCCGCAGCCGCCGCAGCAACCAAAUCCACCGCCCCGACUCCAACCGCUACCACGGCAAAGCCGGCAGCAGCAGCUUCCUCUCCCAACCAAGCUCGUAGUGGCAAUGAUCACGAUAUAUCGAGACUGGGCAUGGGCAUGAAGCGGAUCGGCCUGGGCGCCGUACCGAAGUCACCCGCUGCAUCAUCUACUUCCAAGGCGCCUACGGAAGACGAGUCUACCUACGCACGGGACAAGUUCGGAACGCAGAAGGCGAUCUCGUCUGAUAUGUACUUCGGUCGCAACGCCUAUGAUCCAAGCGCCGUGAGUGAAGCGCAAGAUCGCCUGAAGUCCUUCCAGGGAGCGACGUCCAUCUCCUCAAACCAAUACUUCGGACGUGAAGACGAGGAAGACGACCUUGGCGGCGGCAGCGACGGUGGUGCACUCAACGACGGCAGUCUGGCGAACCUCGAGGUUGCGGCGCGUGAUGCCAUCCAGCGCGUGUUAGCCAAUCCCGACGUGCAAAAUGCGGCUGAGAGUAUCAGAGCCGGGGCUCUCAAGCUAUCGGACUACCUCGCUCAACUUUCGGAGCGUUAACAGCUUAUGGUUUCUUCCUGGACUCGCUAAUCCUUCCUCAUCAUCGGGCUUGUUUGUUACAUUCGCUCUACAAAAUACAUGCGGCUUACCCUGGCCACUUUCGCGCGGC